UCAUCAGUAUUAGCACCACCAUCAUUUUCAUCUUUAUCGUCACCACCACUUUCAUGUUUCUCCUAUAGACAGACGGCAAGUAAGUUCCUUUCUCUCUGGAUCCCUGUACAUACAACCUGUGAUUAUCUAUAACGAGUCCAUGACCGAUGCGGGACCGAGGUAUGAAUGCACAAAGGACGAGGUGAAUGAGGACAAUGUUGAUGAUGACGAGUUGACUCUCUACGGGAAACCAGUUUAUGCAAAGAAUAAAACUGUGUUAUACCUGAGCAUGCCUAAGUGUGGAAGCCGUACUUUCGUGUGGACGAUAUCUUUGUUACGGCACGCGCAUCAUUUCGGUAAACCAGUCAACAUUCAAUACUUGCUCGGGAAGCGUCACGUCUCCAAAGUUAGGAAGCAUCUUUCUUCCAAACUGCUGGAAGCUGAAGAUGGAGCUAUCCUGCAUGGCCAUUACCGCUAUAUCAACAUGAAUCGUUCGCCUAAGAAGCCCAUCUUGAUGAGCAUGAUCCGUGACCCCAUUGACCGAUUCGAGUCUCAUUUCUACUUCAUAAGACAUGGGGACCUGGACAUGAGCAAAGAAUUGCUCCAGAAAAACAUCAAGGCCGACUCAAAUAUGGCACUUCCAAACGAAGUAAAUAGUAGGAAUCUUUCUUAA